AUGGCAGCUCUGCAGGUGCAGGUGACCAGAAUAAUAUCAGUCCAUCAGUCUCAAACGGAGGCAGAGCUGAAGUGUCACAGCAGCUGCAGUCCAGCUGAUCAUCUUUCCUACAUCUGGUUCAAGAACGAACAGAAAAUCUCAAAACAACAAACUUCUACUUACACAGGUUCCUUUAAUCCUGGAGAAAAGAUCUCCUGUGCUUUCAAAGGACAUGAAGCUCACCGGUCUCCAUCAGUGUACCCUUCAAAGCUUCCCUCUGUGUCAGUGAGUCCAUCUGGUGAGAUAGUGGAGGGAAGUUCAGUGACUCUGACCUGUCGCACUGAUGCUAACCCAGCAGCUGAAAACACUUUGUACAAGGGGAACCAAAGUCUGCCUCUGGGAUCAGGAGGAACUUAUCAUUUCACCUCCAUCAGCUCUGAGGACAGAGGAUUCUACGACUGCAAAUCUGAUGAUCAGUCUGUGUCUUUGUUCAUAAAUGUCCUGUAUGCUCCAAAGCUUCCCUCUGUGUCAGUGAGUCCAUCUGGUGAGAUAAUGGAGGGAAGUUCAGUGAAUCUGACCUGCAGCAGUGAUGCUAACCCAGCAGCUACUUACACCUGGUUCAAGGAGAAUGAAGACUCACCACUUCAUUCAGGACAGAUCUUCACCGUCACUGACUUUACAGCUGAACACAGUGGGAAUUAUUACUGUGAAGCUCAGAACACAAGAGGGCGUCAUAACUCCACCUUUUAUCUGAAUGUUGCAUCACGUUCAUGGAAGUUCCCAAUUACUCUGUCGAUCACUGCUGUCGUUCUGGCCUUCAUUCUUCUCUUUCUCCUGCUAUGGAUUAGAAGCCACAGGUCUGUGAAACAGCAACCUCAGGCUGGAGAGGGACCAGACAGUAGAACAGAGAUGGAUGAAAUCCAGUAUGCCAGUGUGCAAUUCACUGCAAACCAGCCAGAUGCUGUCUACUCCAACUUCAGCCCAGGUCAGAUGGACCGAUACCAGGAGGAGUCUGUGGUGUACUCAACGACCAAACCCAACAGAUCUACAAGACCAAGAAAUCAAGCAGCUGUGGAGGAUCCAUCUGCACUGUAUAGCAAAGUUGUGAGAAAAUAACAUGGAUCUGCUGGUAUCUUCAGUGAGUCGCUUCAGACAGACGUGGUCAGUAAUUAGCAUGAAGGCAGCAACAUUUCAUACAAAAUGCAUUUAUAGUAUUGAAGAUGAACUAAACAUUAGACCUCAGAGUAACACGGAGGCAUUUUCUUCAUUUGUUUCCAAUGAAAGGAAACAAAGUGUAGUGAGCUCGUGCUGUACAGAUUGUAAAGCCCCUUAAAGCAAAUUUGAAACUCUUUUUGGGUUCAUAAAAUUGGCCUGAUUUGACCAGUCUUUAAUGGGAUUCAGCACACUUCUACAAAAUGUCCAGAGAGUUAAGCUAGUAUCUCUUCACAUUGUUGUUUAAAUGUUUUAAUGAUUGUCCCUCACUCAGUGUAAGUCAGAAAACUAUGUUCAGAAUCCAUAUUUAUAAUUUUACUGCUUCACCACCACAGCCAUUUAUUAACUGCCUGCAUCAGUGUGUUUGUUUAUCCACUUUAAAAGCUGUGUGUUCAUCAUGUUGGCUUUGUUUUGUCUCACAUGGAAAAUCAAUAAAAAAAGAACAAUUUUCUUUCUUUCUGCCGUGGCACUUUAAAUGGAAAUGAGUAUCUUUAGUGUAUGUAUGCAUAAACACUGCUGGUCAAAGGUUUUAGAAACUAUCCCAAUUGACUCGAGGUGAGGGCAGGGGACAUCCUGGACAGGUGAAAACACAAUCUGUGUUUCCACUGGAGGUCCUUUUUUAUUGUACUUUAACUGCAUUCAUUUUACUACAAAGCUACUUUGGAUUUAUUUUUUUUUGACAUUGGUUUUAGUGGUGACACAGGUCAGUAAAUCAAUCAAUUUCAACUAGAAUCCUCUAGUAAAAUUGUGCCAUUUUGGGGGUAAAUAUACCGUUUGUGAUUUUGAUAUGGAAGCUUAAAAAUCCUUAAAUUUGUCUUCAGUUCACUGUUAUUGCUGGACAACCUUUAAGGUAAUGUCUGGUGUUACCAUUCACCCCUGCUGUUCUUCCUUUGUAAUGUUUUGUUUUGUACGCACAGAGAAUAUUUCUGAAACUGUGCCAAAGUACUGGUCUGGAUGGAGAUCAUUUCUAUUUAAAAACGCCAUUUAAAGUGAAAACGUGACAAUACGGAUGUAACUGGGUUUCAGCACUGUGUUCACCUGCUUCAUGCAAUUUAUUUUGGUAAUUUUGAUUUUGCAUUUUGUUUUCAUUAAUAAACUAAUUUUUCCACCUC